GUGCUGACAGCAGAGAGCCAGAUGCAGGGCUUGAACCCAGGAACCAUGAGAUCAUGACCUGAGCCAAAAUCAGAUACUUAACUGAGCCACCCUGCUUGACUCCCACACUCAGCUUCUACUCUUUGGCCUCUCUUAGUAUAGCACCUUCUAGAUAUGAUCAGGCCUCUUCCGUGUCCUCCAAACAAAUCUGGCCUUGCCUUGAAAGCAUUGUAGACAGUCUUCCUUUUGACAGGAAGGAAACUGAGGCUCAGAAAAGGUUAAGUAAUUUGUGUAAUGUUAUGCAGCUUGGAUUCAAAUCUCAUUCAUUUCACUCUGUAUAAAUGGAGGUACACCUACAUAUCCCUCUUUGACAAUUCAUUUUCCCUCUCAUUACCCUUUCUCCUUCGUAAGAAAAUUCUCUUAUUAUGUCUCCCCCAAGAGAGGUUAGUUCUGUGAGAACACAUAUCUUAUCUGACAUUUCAUGGCUACGUCAGUGCCUGGAACAUAAAGUGCUCAAAAAGUUAUUUAUUGAAUGAAAAACAAAGUUUCCAUAUUCCCAAUAUGUACAAUUGUUUUUGAUUCUAAAAGAGACUAUAAUGCAGUUAUUUACAAAACUUUUUAUUUUUCUUUAGGUAUGUAUAAAGGCAGAUACUUUUCAUAAUAAAUGAAAAUGGCCAAUUCUUUAAGAGGAGAAGUACUGAACCUUUAUAAAAAUCUGCUGUAUCUUGGACGAGACUAUCCAAAAGGAGCAGACUAUUUUAAAAGGCGUCUGAAGAAUGUUUUCCUUAAAAACAAAGAUGUGAAGGACCCAGAGAAGAUCAAAGAACUUAUUGGACGGGGCGAAUUUGUAAUGAAAGAGCUAGAAGCCUUAUACUUCCUUAGGAAAUACAGAGCGAUGAAACAACGCUAUUAUUCAGAUAUCAACAAAACUAACUGAUCACGAUUACUAUAAUUUGACUGAAAUUCAGUGUCAGCUAUCUAUGUAUACCAGAUAUGAUAAAAAAUAAUUGUGUCUUAAAAUGGCAAGAUAUACAGGUUUUGUAAAAAAAAAUACCUGUGCUGCCUUAUUGAACUAAAAUAGGUUUCAAUUUCUAUUCACAGAGCUUUAUCAACAACACUUUAUGCUUAAUUUUACACAAAAUUAGCAACAUAGCCAACUACCAAUUAAAAUUUAAUAAAUACCCAAUUUUGAAUGAAAACAUUGUACACUUGAAAUAAUUUUAACUUAGUAAGUUUUUGCCAAUUCUUAGCCUCUUUCUCCAUUUUACUGACAAGAGAAUGCCACUUAAUGCACAUUUAACUAAGCAAAAUAAUUUCUUAUACAUUAAUUCCCCUUAACUUUUGAAGGAAUACCACCUUAUUUUUGGCCCUAUUUGGCACUUGACAGCACACAUUCAAGGUUCGAUACAAAACAAUAGCACCUGGCAAUGAUUUAAGUGUAGUUAUAGAAAUAAUAUGUAUGGAGUAAGAUUAUUUCUGAUCUUGAAGUAGGCUGCCAGUGAUUGGCACUACAUACAUACCUAUUUAAUAUCUUCCAUUAAUUUUGCUGCUGGUUCUCUUUGGGUCUUAAAACAAGUCACCUGUUGUGUAUCAAGUACCUUUACUGAUAAACAGUAAUAAAUAA